AUGCCUAUUUCAAAACUGGAAGCCUCCAAUGGUACUUCCACGCCGAUGGCUAGUCAUACAGAACACGCUCCCACGGUCCUGAAAGCCUCCUACCAGUCUCCGACCGGCUUGGCCGACUUUCACCAUGUGAUUGCCGCUCCAGUCUCACACGCACUAAACUCAGAGGCGAAGACGCAAUACCUAGGGGAACUACGGGCCUCGAGCAGGAAACUACAAGACGAGAUCAACAAGUUCUUGACAGAAAAGAUGGAUGAAGAUAAAAAGGGGCAGAAUCAGGAGAGCACCAGUGGAGCCUCGCUGCAGAAAACACAAGAAGAGCUUGAGGAGGAAAACUAUGGCGAAGAAGUCGCGGGAGACGACACAUGA